UUAACUAUCAACAUAAUCAGUGUUUGAUUGAUCAAGAUUAAAAGUUGCCAUUGAAAAAUUUUGAAAAAAAUAUUUUUAAUCAGUUUUGAUUACAAUCAACUGGAAUCAUCAUUAGCUUUAUUGAACAAUUGAAUUUGAUUACAUGGUUUUGAUGUUUAUUUGAUUGUUGUUUAUUGAUCUGUAUCAUUUUCUCAAUUAAAUCAUCAAAAUGAAAUUAUCAAGUGUUAAUCGAGAUCGUUUAUUGUUUACCUUUUACUUACUAGUGAUUGUAAUUGUUUCAAGUUGCCAAGCAUGUAAUCACAAUAACAAUCAACCAAAUCAUCAUGUUAAUAAUAACACUUCAGUAACUAAAUCAAUAGCUGAUGAAAGUAACAGUCAAAAGCCAAAAGGAUCUCAUGAACGGGAAGAGAUUCCUUCAUCAACCACUUCAUCGACAACAACAUCAACCACAACCACAACCACAGCCCCGACUACAACGACAACGACGACGACAACACCGAAACCAACCUCAGCUUCAACGACUUCGACUUCAACGACUGAACGUCCAGCUGAAGUAACUCCCGAUUCCGGCAAAACCUCAGAUAAAGUUUUGAUCUGUUAUUAUGGUACAUGGGCCGUUUAUCGACCUGGUUCUGGUAAAUUUGCCGUUGAAAAUAUUGACCCUCAUCUUUGUACUCAUGUUAUCUACUCAUUUGCUGGACUUGGUUAUGAUAACACAAUCAAAGCGCUUGACCCUUGGAAUGAUCUUCCCGAUAAUUAUGGUAAAGGUGCUUACAUCCGAUUCGUUGAUCUAAAAAAAGUUAAUCCUCGACUGAAAACACUGAUUGCCAUCGGUGGUUGGAAUGAGGGUUCAAUUAAAUACUCUAACAUGGCCGGUGACCCUUCGGCUCGGGCCACUUUUGUCUCUUCUGUCAUGGCCUUUCUUGAAAAGUACAAUUUCGACGGUCUCGAUGUAGACUGGGAAUAUCCCGCUUCGAGAGGAGGAAAACCCGAAGACAGGUCAAACUUUGCUCUUCUCCUCAAAGAUUUAAGUUCAGCUUUCAAACCCAAAGGUUACCUAUUGACCGCAGCCGUUUCGGCCGGAAAAUGGAACAUCGAUCCAGCCUAUGAUGUACCGAAAGUAUCAGAGUACCUCGACUAUAUCAAUGUGAUGUGUUAUGAUUAUCACGGUGGUUGGGAGGAUAAAACAGGUCACAAUGCUCCGUUAUAUGCAAGGCCCGUCGAGGUCGCCAACGAAAGGCUAAACAACGUUAAUUUUUCAGUUAAUUAUUGGCUUUCUCAAGGAGCAUCCAGAUCAAAACUGGUCGUGGGUAUGGCAACGUACGGACGAUCAUUCACCUUAGCACGGGAACAGGAUAACGGUUUAGGGGAACCUGCCCCACAAAAAGGUCAAGCUGGACCUUACACUAGAGAAGCCGGUUCUUUAGGAUAUAACGAGAUUUGUGAAUCACAAUUAAAAACGACCUGGACAAUAGUUCGUGAUCCCCAUAUAGCGGCACCUUAUGCUUUUUCUGGUCGCCAAUGGGUUGGUUAUGAUGAUGUUGAAUCUAUUGUGUUGAAAACUCGAUUGGUCAACCAAAUGGGUUUGGCCGGUGCUAUGGUUUGGUCACUUGAGACUGAUGAUUUUCUUGGUAAUUGUGGCCCAACAAAAUUCCCGUUGAUCAAAGCGAUUAAAGGUGAACUUGUGUCAGGAAAUUGUCAUAUUCCUGAUCCAAAGGUUGCCAGAGAUGAACCAACUCGAGAAAAGGUCACUCCAAGUUCAUCAUCAUCAACAACAACAGUAAAAUCCACCUCUUCAUUUUCACCAUCAUCGUCAACAACAACAACGACAACGACAACAAUUAAACCGAUUACCUCAACCAAAUCAACUAAAUCAUUAACCUCAUCUCCAUCUGACAAGGAAAAUGAAGCAACUGACAAUUCAGAUGAAAUGAUUUGCAAAUCAUCGGGAAUGUUCAGAAAUCCAAGAGAUUGUAAAAAGUUUUACCGAUGCGUCGAAAUGGGAAGUCGAUUCUAUAAGUACGAUUACGUUUGUCCCACCGAGACUGUUUUCGAUUCGGAAACGCAAAUCUGUAUUUGGCCUGAUUCGGUUCCCGAAUGUCGAAAUUAUUAUUCUCAAAAUGAAAUCGCCGGUUCAUCACUGAAAAGAGCUUGAAAUCCUUAAAACUAAAUCAUCAUCUUCAUCAUCAAGUGUAUUUAUAUUUAAAUCCAAACUCAUCAUACUCUUAAUGUCAACAAUCAAAUUGAUUGUUGUCAAAUUUAUCCCACUCUCUAUGUGCCAAAAUAAUAAGCUGAGCUUUAAUCAAGGCUUUAAUCAACCAACAAUCAAUCACCGUUUGAAUUCACAUGGUGCCAAAGUAAAAAGAUUCAAUCUAUUGAUUGUUAACUACUUUCUAUUGAAAGAUUGAUCUUUUUUGGGUUUUUUUUGCUUAAUUGCAAACAAUUUACAACCAGCUACACAAUUACAACUGCUUUUAAUUUGCGGGAAUUAAUUUUGAUUAUGUUUUUCUCACUUCGGGUAAAUCUAAUAACUAAUUUCUUAAUUUAUUUUACCAAUACUUUUGGGUUUACCUUUGAUUUGAUUUGAUUUACUAAUUGUACGGUUAAUCAUUUUCAAUUGAAUUUCAACUGUUGGGAUAUUAUUUUAUUUUUAAUUCAUCAUUCAAUGUUGAUACUAACUCUUAAUUGUGUAUUUAAUGAAUCAACUUCAUUUGAUCUCUUUUUUAAUUACUCUUUUUCUUUCAACAAACUUAUAUACUCAUUUGUGUAAUCAUCAGAAUUGUAAUUAUAAUUAAUAAUAUGAAAAUAAAGCUUUCCUUUGUUUCCAA